GAGAGAGAGAAGGAGAGGUCUAUGUGGAGGGUUCUGUUAGAAACACUUUUUUGCUGCCAAGUUUUCACAAUCCUACAGCGGAAACUCGGUUACUCCCUUCAUUUCACCAUCUGUCAAACCUUUCAUCUUCCUAAAUCUUUAUUUGUAUACCCUUUUCAUCUGAUCAUGAAGCUGAUGACCUUGUAACAGUGUACAAUUUGUCAGAAAAGAAAAAUAAAAAUAAAAAAUGGCAAAUAAAUUCGUUAUAUAUCCACCAAACAGCACAAAUGGGAACUCAUUCACUUGUCAUUUAACUCCUCCUCCUUGUUCUUUAGGUUCUUCUUCAAUGGUGGGAAUGGUUUUUGCAGAUUUGAGUUCUCUUUCAAUUAAUCCGAUUCCUUCUUCUCAAGAGGGCUCCUUUUGUGAUACUGAUAUGGAUGAAGGGAGACAUAAUAAUAUGUGGGGUAAAGCCUCUAAUUCAAGUGAUGUGUUUGGAGAAAAUAAUGAAUCCAUUGAUCUAAAUGCUAGCUUAAAUGAAGAAGAUGAGAUGAACAUGCAUGCAUUGAGCAGUGGGAAGGACACAAAUACUGGGCAAUCUAAACUGUGUGCUAGGGGACACUGGAGGCCUGCAGAAGACUCAAAACUGAAGGAACUUGUUGCCCUUUAUGGCCCUCAAAAUUGGAACCUCAUUGCAGAGAAGCUGGAAGGAAGAUCAGGGAAAAGCUGUAGGUUAAGAUGGUUUAACCAGUUGGAUCCACGGAUAAACAGAAGGGCAUUUACUGAUGAAGAGGAAGAGAGACUAAUGGCUGCUCAUAGACUAUAUGGCAACAAAUGGUCAAUGAUAGCAAGGCUAUUUCCUGGAAGAACAGACAAUGCAGUGAAGAAUCAUUGGCAUGUUAUAAUGGCUAGAAAGUAUAGAGAACAAUCCAGUGCUUUUAGAAGAAGAAAAAUGGGCCAAUUUGUAUGCAAAAGAUCAAUGGAAGAUGAUCUUCCCCUUUUUAAUACGGAAGCAGCUUUCAAAACUCAAUCAACAAUGCCAUCUUACUGUGUGAACCCCAAUAGAACUUUCGGUGAUCUAACUGCUCCUUGCCAGUUUUUGACUCGAAACGGUGAUUGUGGUGGUGGUGGAGGAGGAGCAACUUCUAGCCAGAUUUACAGUAUCCCUCCUUACAGUGGAUUCUGGGCACCACAAACAUCUCUUGGUCUCUUCCCUGGUGUGCUGCCUAGUACUUCCUGUCCUCCUAUAGGUCCUAUUACAAGUGAGAUGAUGCCCAUUUUGGACCCGGGAAAAUCUUGCGAUGGUCCAAUGGUUGAACGCAACAUUUUACUUUCUUAUCCACAUUACCCCAGCUCUCUAAUGACUGCAAUGCUACAGUCAAACUAUCAGUACCCUUCAGAUUUUACAGCACCACCACAUCAGGUUUCAGUCACUGAAAAUACUGCAUCAUCAUCAACGCUCACAGAGGAAAGAAAUGGUGAGACCAUUGCAACACCAUUUAUAGACUUUCUUGGAGUCGGAGCCACUUGAAUUUGCCAGGGAGAUUAGCUAAAAGUUGUUUCUUGAAUUCACUUGAAAGUGAUUAUUUUGAGUUGAGAAUAUAAAACAGUAGAAAUUCUUUCAGUUGGGUAACAAGGAAAUAUCAAAACCAGUUCUUUUGAAGUCAUCUCCCUACCUUCUUUUACUUUGUAGCCUCUCUAUCCUCAGAUCGAACUGUUGAGAAAUGUGAAACAAUAAGGUCUUUUCAUUUCCUCUCUGUCUUUCUACUUUAUCAAUAUUUUC